AUGGGUGAGAUUCCCAAGGAAUUGGGAGCAUUGACAUUAAUGUUCAAUCUUUUGCGAAGUGGUAACCAACUUUCAGGCAAAAUUCCAUCAGAGAUUGGAGUUCUUUCAAACCUGCGACAUCUUAACUUGGCAUCAAACAAUUUAAGUGGAUCAAUUCCUAAUAGACUUGGAAAGUGCUCUAAGUUAUUGAACCUGAAUUUGAACAAGAAUAAACUUGGAGAAAGCAUUCCAAUUUCAAUAAGCUACAUAUAUGGUCUUGAAAAUCUAGACUUAAGUCAGAAUUUACUUAUUGGGGAGAUACCACAACAGCUUGCAAAAUUACUUUCCUUGGAAAUAUUGAACCUUUCUCACAAUAUGCUCAAUGAAGGUCCUAUUCCCAACAUUAAGGCAUUUCAUGAGGCUUCAUUUGAUGCCUUAAGAAACAAUAAGGGCCUAAGUGGUAAUGCCACUGGACUAAUGCAUUGUGUCGUCGCUGCUGCUAGCAACAACGUUGGUCAUAGAAAAAGCACCAAUGUCAUCAUUUGCAUUGUGCUUUCACUCUUUGGUCUUCUUCUUUUACUCGUUAUCAUGGCUGGAAGUUUCUUUAUUCUUUGCCAAAAGAACCAAACUAGAAAAUCUGAGUCAAUGGAGCUCCAACAAUUGCAUUCGGGAGGCUAUGGAGCUGUUUAUAAAACUGUGCUACUCAUUGGUGAGGUGGUUGCAGUGAAGAAACUUCACCAAUCUGAAAAUAACACGAUUUCCAACAACUUGAAAGCCUUUGAAAGCGAGAUUCAUGGUUUAUCAGAAAUAAGGCAUCAUAACAUUGUGAAGCUGUAUGGCUUAUGUCCACAUCCAAAGAACUCAUUUUUGGUUUAUGAGUUUGCAGAAAGGGGAAGUUUGAAAAUGGUGUUAAGGAAUCAGGAUGAGGCAAUUCAGUUGGAUUGCGAGAAGAGGUUAAAUGUUGUAAAAGGAGUGGCAAAUGCCUUGUCUUAUAUGCCGCACGACCAUUCACCACUUAUAAUUCAUCGAGACAUUUUUAGCAACAAUAUUCUUCUCGAUUCGGACUAUGAGGCUCAUGUCUUAGAUUUUGGCACAGCCAGGCUUUUAAAGCCCGAUACUUCUAAUUGGACAUCAUUUGCUGGCACUUUCGAGUAUAUAGCUCCAGAUCUAGGGAAGUGGAGACUCCUUUUGGUGAAAAGGAGGUCAGAUCUGCGCGCAGGAGGUCAAGAAGAACAGUUUGAUGUUUUUGAGAUUUUUUUGACCACCGGCGCAACGGCUGGUGACCGACGAACGACGACGACGGCGACUGUGGUGGCGGUAGACCGGCCAGCAUCCGGUUGA